AUCUGAUCGGAUUUUUAAACAAUAAUUUGUUUUGUGUGUUUGUUCAGUUGUACUUGGUGCAUAUAUUCAUUAUGUUCGGUUUCUCCUCAUUAUCUGUUAACAACUAUUAUAUGCUCAAGGCCAAAUUUAAGUAACUAUCGUUACCAUUUCAUCAUAUUAACCAUUAUGUAUUGUAGCAGAGAAAUUGGCAUCCAAUUUUACACUAUUUGUAUUUCACACAGAACGAGUAAACAUGUCUGUACUGAGCAGCGUAAUCGACAAUCAACGUAUGCAAAAUAUAAGAAAUGAAUUCGGAAGACUAGGCGAUAAAUGCUACUUAGAAAAUGCGGGAUCAGCAUUAUACCCAGAGGCACUCUUAACAAAAGUGAAUGAUGAUCUUUUAAGAAAUGUCUACUUAAACCCACAUUCAGACAAAUAUACAAAGGAUUGUAUAGAACAAAUAAGAUGUACUGUAUUGAACUAUUUCAAUACGGAUCAAUCUUCUUACAGUUUGAUAUUUACAUCUGGCACAACACAGUCACUAAAACUAAUAGUCGAGUCAUUCCAAUUUCACAGUGAUGAUGAUGAAAACGGCUCAUUUAUUUAUCUUAGAGACAAUCACACUUCUGUAAUUGGCUUGCGUGAAUUAGCAGAAGCAAAGAAUGCAGAUAUCAUCCAUAUAUCACAUGACAACUUUCUGAAUACUCUGAAGACCUAUAAAAAAAUAGAAUAUUCUGAAAAAAUAACUAACAAAAGUAACACUUUGUUAGCAUAUCCAGCACAGAGCAAUUUCAAUGGUUACAAGUAUCCAAUUGAUUGUGUGCAAAAAUUAAAAGAUGGCUGCCUCAAUAGUUACUUGAAGAAACAACUAUGUGGAGUAAACUGUAAUUGGUAUAUUUUGUUAGAUGCUGCUACGUUUGUGGCUACAAGUAAACUUGAUUUGUCUUCUAGCCAACCUGAUUUUGUAUGUCUAUCAUUUUACAAAGUAUUUGGCUUCCCAUCUGGUUUGGGUGCUUUGUUGGUAAAGAAUACUAGUGCAAAUGUCCUUAAGCAGAAGAAAUACUUCGGUGGCGGAACAGUAGAUAUUGUUCUUAGCAGUGAAGACUUUCAUAUCAAACGGCAUACUCUUCAUGAAAGGUUUGAAGAUGGAACACUACCAUUUUUAUCUAUUAUUGCUCUUAAACAUUGCCUCAGUGUUAUGUCAUGUUUAAUUCCCAAAGUUAUAAACAAUGACAUAAUGGAUACAAUAUCACACCAUACUUAUUAUUUAGCUAAAGAUUUGUACUUGCAACUUAGUGAGCUUGUACAUUCAAAUGGUACCAAGGCAGUUGUUUUGUAUAUGGACUCUGACUUUACUGAUAUAAAGGAACAAGGAGCUAUUGUUACUUUUAAUCUAAUAAGGGAAGAUGGAUCCUAUAUAGGGUAUGCAGAGUUUCAGCACAUGGCAGACCUAUUUAAUAUUAGCCUAAGAACAGGAUGCUUUUGCAAUUCGGGUUCCUGUCAAAGACAUUUAAAUGUCACAAAUAAAGAAAUGAAGAACAUGCACAAAGCUGGUCAUAAGUGCGGAGAUGAGAUUGACAUUGUAAAUGGUAGACCUACAGGAGCUGUGAGAGUCUCAUUUGGGUUUCAUAAUACUUUCAAUGAUGUAGAUAAAUUAGUUUCAAUGAUAACACGAUGUUUUGUGCGCCAACAAUACCUAAAACCAAACAGAAAUUUGGUAAAUUAUAAUAAUAACAACAUAGAAAUACCCAAAACGAAUACAAUAACGUUUAAAGAAGAAAUAUUAUCUGUUUUGAAUGAAAAGAAUUUCAAAAACCAUAUUCCAGAAAUAUUAAAUACAGCCUCCAAAGCAACUUUGUCUGAAAUAGCAAUAUUUCCAAUAAAAUCUUGCGGCGCUUUUAAAAUAAAAUCAGGAUGGAAAAUAGGUGCAAAAGGAUUCGAGUAUGAUCGGGAGUGGAUGAUAAUUAAGGAGAAUGGUGUCUGCCUCACGCAAAAGCAAAAUACACUUAUGUGUAUGAUAAGUCCAGUCGUUGAUUUUACAAACCGAUGUCUGACAUUGAAUUUUAAAGGCUCUGUAAUCUCAAUACCCUUAGAUAUUUCACAUGAUGAUAAAGAAAGAUCGACUGCUCCUUUUUGCCAAAGUAAAGUGUGCAUGGAUGUUGUGAAAGGUUACGACUGCGGGGACACAGUGGCCGAUUGGAUAUCAAAUUGCCUAGGUAUCUCGUAUUUAAGACUGAUAAGGCAAGCGAGUGAUGAUAACAGAAUCCAGAAGAAGAACAACAGCGGAGAGCACAACAUGCUUUCUUUAAGCAAUCAAGCUCAAUACCUUCUAAUAAACAAAGCAACAGUACAAUGGUUGAAAAAUAAAAUAAGAGAUUUGACAUUUACGGACGAUUUGGAUUCUUUGACCGACAGGUUUAGAGGAAAUUUAGUAAUUGAUACAGCACAUGAGCUAAUAGAAAGGGAAUGGCAGACAGUGACUAUUGGAAAACAUCAAUUCAAGGUCGAGGGUCCAUGUUCGCGAUGUCAGAUGGUAUGCAUAGACCAAAAAACGGGAGAGAAAACCGUAGAACCAUUGAGAACUAUUUCCGCGGAGUUUGGCGGUAAAAUGCGAUUCGGAAUAUACUUGAGUUACCUGGGCCCUGUAAAUGGAUGCAAGGAUUUGGUUUUGAAUACAAACUCGCAAGUAACACCGUAUUUAAGCGAUGAUAAUAUCAGCAGAUAAAGGACGGCAUCCAUUUUGAUACAAACGUUAAAGUGCUGGCCAGUAACAAUUUGCUUUAUUUCAUUAGAACUUGUCUUCCUAAACAUUUCUUUUUCCGUCGCGGUAGGACUGUUGACUUUGGUUUUAUUUGAGUUAUAUUCUGUAUUUUUUCUACCAUGACAUGUUUGUACUUUUUUGACUAAAUAAUUUAUACAAAAAUUUGUUGAAAAUGCCUAUAUUAUAUAUCCGCCAUUCCCUUAUAAGUCGCCGGAAUAAGCUCAUCUUCAGUGACAUCAAAUUUAAUAAUACCAUUGUAUUCUUGGCCGGCACUUAAUUUGUAUGUUUGAAUCCUAUCAUUGUAUAAAACAUUUUCGUAAUUAAUAAUGGCUGUAUACAUUUUUUACUGUAAGUAAUGUUUAUGUUUAA